GACAGAACGUUAGCGAUGCCGGGAAGGGGCUGCCUCGCAGAAAUCCUCCGCGCGCCCCGCUCUGUCACUGCGCUUGACAGAUGCUGUAAAGCCCCGCCCCGCAGGCAUCUAAUUGGUCCGCUUUCGCAAAGGGGAAGGGGCGCCCGGUCGGUUGAGUCGCGGGACAUUACGUCAGAGGAGAGCGACGCCGCAGCACUUCAGAGAGGGCGGAAGAAGCCGUGGAGAUGCCUCCGAAAGGGAAAAGCGGCGGCAAAGGGGGAAAGGGUGAGGCAUAUUCUAUGUGAGAAGCAUAGCAGAUGCCUGGAGGCAUUGGAAAAACUCAAGGCUGGGGUGCGCUUCAGUGAAGUAGCCUCUCAGUACAGCGAGGACAAAGCCAGACAAGGGUCUCCCGUUGUUCUUCUUUUCCAGGGAGAUCUGGGCUGGAUGAGCAGAGGCUCUAUGGUGGGGCCCUUCCAAGAUGCAGCCUUCGCCUUGCCUGUCAGCAGUAUGGACAAGCCCGUGUACACAGACCCCCCUGUGAAAACAAAGUUUGGCUAUCACAUCAUAAUGGUUGAAGGGCGCAAAUAAAAAAAUAUGUUUCUCUGUGA